CUUUAUUGACAGACUUUACGUCGGCUUCUUCGACACUCCACUCUAUGCAAAAACUAUUCUCAUCGUAAGGAUAUGAAACUAGCAUAUACGCCAGAAUUCAACGAUGAUAACGAAAAGUUCAAUAGCCAUCUUCAUUGGCUUCCAAAACCUAAGUUAUCCCCAACUUCCGUAUACGAUCUCUCCGCCGCGUGUACGAUCACAACGUGGUCCGAGACGUGUUUCGAACGUACACAAUCCAUGAACAAAGUCGUAAUUGUUAGGAAACAAGACAGCAAGUCAGGAUACCCGAUGGUCGAAGGGUGAAGGUGAGGCGGAGUCACGCGGCGGCAUGCUGUAAAGAUUUCAAGUUUGGUGUCCGAACCCAGAGCUCAUCUUGCCUUGCUUCACCCCCUCAUCUUAUCGUACCACUCUCCUUCUCGAGCAGUGCUCCUCCUUAUUGCAUGUCCAUCACUACAUCCUCCUUUUGCUAGAGAAGAGUUCCUACUUAAUCGAUACCCCUUUGGACGUUAACGACCCCUCACUUUACUGUAAUCAUGAAAAUAACCAGGAAGAUCGAGCAGGCUACCAAGGAAGAUCGGAUUUGGUGGUCCUUCGAGUACUUUCCUCCGAGAACUGCUCAGGGUCUUCAAAACUUGCUCGAUCGUAUCGAGCGUAUGCGUGCACUGGGCCCCGAGUUCAUUGACAUAACUUGGAAUGCCGGUGGACGUACUUCUGAUCUCACGUCGGAAAUGGUCAAGACAUGUCAAAGUCUCAUCGGCAUCGAGACAUGUAUGCACUUGACCUGUACGAACAUGCCGAAGGAGAAGGUGGACAUUGCUCUAAAGGAGGCAAAAGCACACGGAUGUCGAAACGUCCUCGCACUUCGAGGCGAUCCUCCAACAGGUAAAAUUGAGUGGGAGGCAGUUGAGGAUGGCUUUGCACAUGGUAUCGACCUUGUCCGACACAUCAGAAAGCUUUACGGCGAUUAUUUCGACAUUGCGGUUCCAGGUUUCCCUCAGCAACAACUCCUUCCACCAGAGGAACUGGCCCAAGAGAUGAAGUGGCUCAAGGAGAAAAUUGAUGCCGGUGCGAACCUCAUCUUCACUCAAAUGUUCUACGAUGUCGAGAUUUUCUUGGAGUGGGUCAAGACCGUUCGUGCUGCUGGAAUCACAGUACCCAUUGUCCCUGGUAUCGCCCCUAUUCAAACUUGGAAUGGUUUCCAGAAGGCCACUGCGCUCGCGCAGACUAAAAUCCCUCAGUCCUUCUUAGAUGCCCUGGCGCCAUACAAGAAUAAUGACGAGAAGGUUAGGGAGAUUGGUACGAAGCUUGUCGCGGACAUGUGCCGGCGUAUCCUCAAUGCUGGGAUUGGCAUCAGGGGCCUUCAUUUUUACACCAUGAACUUGGAGAAGGGUACCAGGUUGCUGCUUGAGGAGUUGAACCUCGUUCCUCGUGUCGAGGUCGUGAAGCCUCUGCCUUGGAGACAGUCACUUACUCCCAGUCGUCGAACCGAAACUAUCCGUCCUAUUUUCUGGGCGAACCGUACCAAAUCCUACUUGUCACGCACCGAGAACUGGGAUGAGUACCCCAACGGUCGUUUCGGUGAUUCUCGCUCUCCAGCGUACGGCGAGCUUGACGGCUACGGUAUCUGGAUUAAGCAAACGAAAGAGCAAGCGCUACAAUUGUGGAACCAUCCUACAACGCUGGCCGACCUCUCGAAGCUAUUCAGCCAGUUCUGUCGGAAUGAGCUUUCUGCGCUGCCAUGGUCAGACGAGGCGCCGUCCGAAGAAAUGCAAGUCAUCUCGACGCAGCUUGCCAAGUUGAACGAGUUGGAUUUCUUCACAAUCAACUCUCAGCCUGCUGUUGAUGGUGUCAAGAGUGACGACCGCGUCUUUGGAUGGGGCCCUUCCAAUGGAUACGUCUAUCAAAAGGCCUACCUUGAGUUCUUCGUAUCGCCGGAGCUCCUCGCUGUCUUGCUUCCUUACCUCGACCGCGAUCCCAUGAUCACAUACUAUGUGAUCAACAAGCGUGGUGAUUUGCGGACGAACACACAAUCGGAUGGUCCGAACGCAGUGACAUGGGGUGUGUUCCCUGGUAAGGAGAUUAUUCAACCAACCAUCGUUGAAGCAAUCAGCUUCAUGGCGUGGAAGGACGAAGCCUAUGAACUUGGAAAUCAGUGGGCGCGAUUCUACGAGCCAAAUUCACCCACUCGCAAGUUUAUCACUGACCUCAUGGAAACCUCUCUCCUCGUAAACGUCGUUCACAACGACUACAAACAUCCUGACGCCAUCUUCGAACCUUUCUACAAAGCCGGUGCAGAGUUCGCUGCUAUGCAGGCCAAGAUCAACGGUGCUCCUGCAGCAAACGGCAAUGCUUUACUAAACGGAUACGCCCACUAACGCGACAAACGCGACACCUUGAUCUCAACACCACUCCAUCUUCUUGAUAUUUUCGUUGAUUUCGUUGAAAAUGACCCCCGCGUCUCAACACCCACGGUAGGGUUGCUCUAUUUCUUCAAAGCAUUACCCACCGGGUUCAACCCCGUCUGAGUGCUCUCACUCCUAUACUCAUAUCAGUAUUUCCAUCUUCUUCCAAUGUGCUUCUUGAACUGUUAGAUUCCCUGUAUCAAUUUGACCUCGCAUAAGUACUCACAUUUUGCAUAGCAUCAUCUCUUCUUGCUUUUCUUCGUCAUUGACCGCUGCAUCAACUGCAUAUCCCUCAUCCUCGUCUUCAAUUCUCCCCACCCUGGAUCCUCAUCCUCACGUACCUUGCAUCCAACUGCAAUCCUCAUUUUUGUAUUGUAUUUCCAUAAUACGUCUUCAAUGUAGUUACGAUAACGUCGAUUUGCCGUACUGUAUGUCGGCCUCUGAACUCGGAGUGUUAUUGUCCUUCAACAU